CUUCUUUAUCAAGCAAGCAACCAAUUAAUCAAACUAAACUGGUGUUUGUUUAACAAAUAUUUUAUAUAUAAAUUCAACAACAGUCAACAACUACAACUUGCUUGGUUUCUCUUAAUUUCAAGAUUCAUUCUUGGUUAACUUGUGAUAACACACAUGAAAACCAAAACCGUUUGUCGUGUACAAAGUCGAUGAAUUUAUGGAUAAGAAGGAGCAUAUUGCGAUAUUUACCACCGCGAGCCUUCCAUGGAUGACCGGGACUGCUGUUAAUCCGUUAUUCCGUGCAGCUUAUCUCGCCAAAGAUGGACACCGAAAGGUUACUUUGGUCAUUCCAUGGCUAUCAAAGACCGAUCAAGAACAUGUAUACCCCGACAACAUAACAUUUGAUUCACCCAAGGAGCAAGAAAAAUAUGUCCGCGAGUGGAUUGAGAAAAGGACUGAGCUUUUGUGUACUUUUAAUAUAUGCUUUUAUCCGGCCAAGUUUUCAAGAAGUAAAAGAAGCAUUCUUGCUCUUGGGGAUAUAACAGAGUGCAUAUCGGAUGAAGAAUCAGAUAUUGCCGUCCUUGAGGAACCCGAGCAUCUUACAUGGUACCAUCAUGGCAAAAGAUGGAAGAUUAAGUUCCGAUAUGUUAUAGGAAUUGUUCACACAAACUAUUUGGAGUACGUGAAAAGAGAAAAAUAUGGACGUGCCUAUGCAUUUCUGCUCAAAUACAUGAAUAAUUGGGUGGUUGAUAUAUAUUGUCACAAGGCAAUACGGUUAUCAGGGGCAACACAAGAACUACCAAGAUCAGUUAUUUGCAAUGUUCAUGGCGUUAAUCCCAAGUUCCUUGAUAUUGGGAUGAAAAAGAAAGAACAACAGAAACAUGAAAGUCAUGCUUUUACUAAAGGCGCAUACUAUAUUGGGAAAAUGGUAUGGAGCAAAGGCUACAAGGAGCUUCUUCAACUUCUCCGUGAUCACCAAAAAGAACUUGGUGGACUUGAGGUUGAUUUGUUUGGUACUGGUGAGGAUUCUGCUCAGAUACAAGAAGCUGCCUCCGAGUUAAAUUUAAACAUCAGGGUGUAUCCUGGACGUGAUCAUGCAGACCCUUUGUUUCACGAUUACAAGGUGUUUCUGAAUCCAAGCACCACAGAUGUGGUUUGUACAACAAGCGCAGAAGCUUUAGCCAUGGGCAAAAUAGUCAUUUGUGCAGAUCAUGUAUCAAACAAAUUCUUUAAGCAAUUUGCCAAUUGCCGAACAUUUAAUGAUGGAGAGAGUUUUGUUGAAGUUACACGCCAGUCAUUGACUGAACAACCUGCUCCACUAACUGAUUCAGAAAUGCAUGAGCUUUCAUGGGAUGCUGCUACUUCCCGAUUUCUAAAAGCUGCAGAGCUUAACAAAGCACCCGAGAAGAAAUUAACAAAACCACAUUCUAAAAGCUUUAUGUCAUCAUCAUUAAGUUUUCACAGGAAUCUCGAGGAUGCAUCCGCGUUUAUGCAUUUCGUUGGAACUGGGCUUGUGAGUCCAGUACCUAAUGAACAACAAAUUCAAGAGCUUGGUUUGAAGAAGCCGACUAAAAAACAUGGAGUUUCCCCUCGAAAAGAUUCAUAUUUAGGUCUGUUCUAAAAACAUGGGCAAAAUAGUUAUUUUGCUGGAAUCAGGUUUGUUUUCUGUUUCUGAAUUCAUAUUUGGGGUUCACACAUAGCAUUAUUUAAUUUUUGGUGAUGUUGUAUCUUAUAAUUCUUUGUGAAGCAUGAUAAAUUGUAACUUUUUUGUUCUUUCAAUGCUAUAGAUUAGUAGUGUCAGUCUUUGUUUAUCUUGAUUGUAGUUUGGAACCCUAACGGGAUUAUGUUAUUCAAGUUUUUAGAUGAUUCUGGUGUAUAUAUAAAUUAUAUACUUGUUAUACUA